AGAUCAUUUUAUAGCACUUCAUGUUUUGUUCUCUGUCAUACUACAUUACAUUCUUUGGAGAAAACUUUGACAUACUCUACCAAGCAAUAGAAAGUAACAAUGGCUGUGAAAGUGGCUAUAAUUGGUGCAGGUUGCAGCGGACUUGCAGCCAUCAAAUGUUGUCUGGAAGAAGGCCUGGAUCCUAUAUGUUUUGAAAAAAGUGAUGAUAUUGGAGGACUCUGGAAAUACUCUGAAACAGUAGAAGAAGGAAGAGCCAGUAUCUACCAGUCUGUGUUUACGAAUACCUCCAAAGAGAUGAUGUGCUACAGUGAUUUUCCAAUGCCAGAGGACUUCCCUGUAUAUCUUCAUCAUUCAAAGAUCUUAGAAUACCUUCACUUGUAUGCAGAACACUUUAAUCUACUGAAAUAUAUUCAGUUGCAGACUGAAGUUUGUAGUGUGAAGCAAACUGAGGAUUUUACCACUAGCGGACAAUGGAAUGUUGAAAUUGAAACGCAUGACAAAGAAAAUGUGGAAAGGAAAGUAAUGAUUUUUAAUGCUGUAAUUGUCUGCAAUGGACAUUAUAAUGACCCCUACAUGCCACUAAACGGCUUUCCCGGUAUAGAACAUUUCAAAGGCAACUACAUUCACAGUCGUUUCUAUAAAACAAGUGAUAAAUAUCAUGGGAAGACAGUUUUAGUUGUAGGCACUGGAAAUUCAGCUGGAGAUAUAUCAGUGGAGCUUAGUUACUCUGCAAAACAGGUUUAUCUAAGUACCAGACAUGGAUCCUGGGUGGUCAGCCGUAUUUCUCGUGGUGGUUUUCCCAUUGACAUGACAAUGUCAAGACGCUGCACUAUGUGGAUCAAAAACAUACUGCCAAAUAUACUUGCUGCCAAGAUAAGUGAGAAAAUUAUGAGUGGGUGGUUUGACCAUUCAAACUUGGGCCUGGAACCUAAAUUCAGGUUAAAACAUCCAGUGGUGAAUGAUUAUCUCCCAAGUCAAAUUUUGCAAGGAUCAAUCAAGGUAAAACCCGGCAUUACAUCAUUCUCUGAAACAUCUGUCACCUUUGAAGAUGGCACCAAGGCUGAAGUGGAUGAAGUUAUUUUUGCUACAGGAUAUAGCUCUAAAUUUCCCUUUCUUGAUAUAAAACUCAUCAAACUUAAUGACAAUGAUGUAUCCUUGUAUAAAUAUGUUUUCCCAAUUCAUUUGGAAAAACAAACCAUUGCUUUCUUAGGAUUAGUACAACCCCUUGGACCAAUUAUGCCGACAGUUGAACUACAGGCUCGAUGGGUGGCCAGAGUGUUUAAAGGGGCUGUCCUUCUGCCAACGGCGAGAAUGAUGGAAAAUUGUGAUUUUAAAUGGAAGGACAAAAAGACUAAAUGGUUUGGUGGAGGAAGAACACAAGUUCUGCAGAUACACUAUAUUGAUUAUAUUGAUGCAAUCUCUAAGGAGAUUGGGGUCCACCCCAAUAUGCUAUAUCUUUUUCUCACAGACCCAAAACUGGCAUGGCAAGUAUUCUUUGGACCAUGCACACCUUACCAGAUGAGGCUCACUGGGCCUGGAAAGUGGUCUGGAGCAAGAAAUGCAAUCCUUAACCAGUGGAAAAGAACAUUUCAACCAACUAAGACCCGUAUUUUGAAUAAAGAACCACAAUCCUGGACAAGAUUUAACAGAAUGUUAAUGAUCUGUGCUGUAGUGACAGCCCUGUGGUUUGGAACAAAGGCUUUUUCACAAAGCGAACAAAGCAGGAAUUUUACAUGGUUACAUGAUUUCAGGGAUAACUUGUGGACUAGAAAUUGCUCCUGGAUUAAGUGAACAUUGCUCAUACACAAUAAACCAUCAAAAAUAAAAUUGUGCAAUAUGACAAAAUAUGAACAUCUUUAAUUAAAAAUAUUAUAAAGUGAUGUUUCAUAGGAUUCUGUUCGAUGGUAUCAAGUAAAUAGUGAAUGUUUGCAACAUUCUGUACCCAAAGCCAAGUUUUUUUCAAAGUUUUUUUAGUGUUGUAAGUGAAUGUGGUCAGUUUAAUGUACUGUAAACAGUCCUUAUAAUUAUGGUUAAUGUUUCUUUAAAUGUUAUCUGUUUAUCAUUUUAUAUGGGUGAAUAAGCACAGAUACUGUAUGUUUGUUCUUUAUAUGGUAUAUGCUGGUUGUAUCUGAUAAAGAAUAUUUUAACACACUUAUAGCAUAUUCUGCAAAAUUUUCUAACCUAUAAAAAUGUAAUGGUUAACCAUGUGUUUAUAGGAAAGUUUAAUUGUGUUGAACUCAAGGCUGGCAUUUGGUAAUAAAGUUUAUGUGUAAUGGUUUGUCUUGAUAAGAUGAGCGUCUAAUAAGUAAAUAUAAAUUGUCUACGUGA